CACCUAGCAAAUGGUGUUCACGUCAUUCUUGUUUCUUUAUUAUUAUUCUGGAGAUUUGGACUUUCCUAAUUCACAUUAAUCCCAUUUUUGGUAAAAGGAUUUUGGAAAAAGCAUUGCGAUUAAUAAAAUACAGUUCGCAGUUCACAUUUUUUUUCUGUUUUCCCUUUUGAAAGGUCUCUCUUUUAUUUAUCACUCACUGAUUUUCAUAUAAAAGUUCUUUAAAAAAGAAACCUGUGAUUAGUAAACCGUUUAUUUCCAUAAAUUUUAUAAUAUAACUAUUUGACAAAAUGGCAGUGUUCGCCAUUUUUGGUGGUCAUGGAAAAGUAUCUUUGCUUUUGACAAAAAUCGCAUCAGAAGCAGGACACGUGGUAUACAAUGUUGUUCGUGACUAUGUGCAAAAUUCAGAUAUUGAAAAAGUGAACGGUCGAACAAAAGUGUGUUCACUGGAAAGAGCAUCUCCAAUGCAAAUUGCUGAACUGUUGAAAGGAAUUAAACCGGAUAUAAUAGUGUUCGCAGCUGGUUCCGGGGGAAAAGGUGGGAUUGAAAGGACAAAAGCUGUUGAUUAUGAAGGAUCUGUGAAAGUUUUUGACGCUAUGAGAAUCGCGAGAAUUCGACGUCUAAUCAUGGUAUCGGCCAUUGACAAUCGGGAUAUGAAUCAACCAGCUCCACCUCAUUAUAAGAAAGAGGAUAUUGAACUAAGCUUAAAAAUACACGAAGCUCUUGGUACCUAUUAUCAUUAUAAAUAUAUUGCAGAUCAGGAACUGGUGCGUCGAUCCACUGAUAUUGACUGGACCAUUGUACGUCCAUCAGGGCUUACAGAUGAAGAUAGCAAUGGUAAUAUUUCCAUUGGUAAAGUCUCGAUUAAUAGUAUGAUUUCCAGAGAAACGGUUGCUCGAGCUAUACUACUAUUUGCAAUGGACCCACAGUCCAAGCAUCUUAUUGCUGACAUUACGGAUGGUGAUGUUCCCAUUCAUAAAGCUAUAUCUGGGUUUAUAAUUAAAGGAGAAUCUUCUUAUACCUAUUCUGUAUAAUGGCACCUACUUCUCGAUAGGUAAGAGGAACGGCACUGUUCGUUAGUACUGAUAUUUUUUUUUUUAUGUAUAUAUGGUUAUGAUUUUACGAUUAGGAUUUUUGAACUGUCCAGAUUUUUGAACUUGAGGUUAUUUACAUAAAGUAUAAAUAAAUUAAAGAAGAUAAAGAAGUUGCUUU